GCGGUCAGUCGCCAUUAUAGACGUGGGCCUGUUGUCUGCCCCUCUUCGGGAGCAGAUUAUUAGCAAUCCAACCGCCCAAGUGAGUCCUCUCGGGACUCACGCCGCCUGGGUCCGUCCCACCAUCGUGGGGCCAGCCGUUGCCGGAUCUCCGCACAUUCCCCGUGGGGCCCUCCGCUCCCGGAUCCGCGCAUCCUUCCAGUGCGGCCCUCCGCUCCCGGAAACCGGCACCUCUCAUCCUCCUCUCCGUGUAUUUUUUUUCCCCCUUUUCUGGUUAUAGAGCAAGAUGUCGCCAUGAAGCCCUAUCUCCGUUACGCGCCGCUGCUGAACGCCAUGCUCUUGGCUCCCAGCCGCCCCCUGCACCGUGCCAGCCCCUCUCUCCCCGCGGUCUAUGCCGCUGAGCUCCUCCGCAGAGAUGGAUCCAGGACCCAACAACACCAGCAAAGGCCAGAAUCGUUCCGGCUCAACGGGACCGGCUGGGGACUCUAAGCCCAAGAAUGGUAACAAUGACCAUGGAAAAGGAGGUAGUAGCUCAAAGCAACGCUAUAGCCGCAAACGAGAAAAUCCUCAACCUAAAAAUGAGGGCUAUACCGGUCAGACUCGCCGCACCGGUCCACAGAAAAGCAAAACUUUUAACAAGGUUCCACCGCAGAGAGGAGUCCCCAAACAGUACACAUAUGGGCGAAGAGAAGAGGUAGCAGAGGCUCAACGGGCAGAGUUCAGCCCAGCCCAGUAUUCAGGACCCAAGAAAAUAAGCUUGAACCACUUGUUGAACUUUACGUACGAGCCACGUGGUCAUCCUGGGACGCAUAGAGAUGGACAUGGGAACUGGGGAAGAAGAAACAAGUGGGGCAACAAACCAUUCAAUAAGGAGUUAUUUUUGCAAGCCAACUGCCAGUUUGUGGUGUCAGAUGAUCAUGACUACAGUGUACAUUUCACUGAUCCAGACACUCUUGUCAGCUGGGAUCUAGUCGAGCAAGUGCGCAUCUGCAGUCAUGAAGUACCCUCCUGUCCCAUCUGUCUGUACCCUCCUGUUGCUGCAAAGAUCACGCGCUGUGGGCAUAUAUAUUGCUGGCCUUGUAUCCUGCACUACUUGUCACUAAGUGAAAAGGACUGGAGUAGGUGCCCAAUUUGUUACAGCUCCAUUAUGAAAAAAGAUCUUAAAAGUGUUAUUGCCACAGAGAGAUGUCUUUAUGCUGUGGGUGAUACAAUCACAAUGCAGCUUAUGAGGAGAGAGAAGGGGGUGCUGGUGGCUAUGCCUAAAUCUAAGUGGAUGAAGCUGGAUGAGCCUAUUCACCUGGGAGAUGAGGAACAUACUCUAUUCUCCAAGCUUCUCCUGGCUUCCAGAGACCAGAUCCUGAAACAAGUGAUUGUUAAAGAGAGAGUUGCAUUGCUGGAGCAGUACAGCGUGGAAGGGGAAUCACCUGAGGCCUGUUUCAUAGAAGCAGCUAUUCAGGAGUUGAAGGAUCGGCAGGACAGCCUGCAGGCGCCCCGUCAGCAAGACGUUGAAGCAGUUGCAGCAUCUAUAGAUGCUUUAAAGUUGGAGACAAAGUGUGAAACUAAGGUUCCUGGCUUGGACUGUAAGGUGGUGCAGUACAUCUCUGCUUUUGAUGAUGACGUCAUUGAUCUGCAAGCUGAAGAUUUGUGUCCAGCUGUAAAUCCCACAGUUGUAGAACCUGUGACUGCUGAAGGCGGUGAUUCAGCACCAGAAGAAGCUGUAACCUGUGUGUCACACAGUCCGCAGGAACCAGUUCCUUCAAACUCUGGACCAAUUGCAAACCCUCACUACUACUACUUCUACCAAGCUGUGGAUGGGCAGCAUGUGUACCUACACCCAGUAAAUGUGCGCUGCUUGGUUCAUGAAUAUGGAAGUCUUGAGCGCUGUCCAGAAACCAUCACUGCUACCGUGGUAGAAAUUGAUGGCUUUACAGUGUCUGAAGAUGUGCGCAGACGUCAUCGUUACCUAUGCCAUCUUCCCCUCACCUGUGAAUUCAGCAUCUGUGAGAUGGCGCUUGGACCCCCUGCGGUGUCAGAGGAAACUCUGGCAUAUUUUGCUGAUGAAGUGGAGAAGAGAAAAAGGUUGCGUCAGAGGAAGGCUCGAGAUGAGCGUCGCAGGGAGAAAAGGAUUGAGAUUGAGGAGAACAAAAAGCAGGGAAAAUACCCUGAAGUGCAUAUUGCACUGGAAAACUUUCAGCAGUUCCCUGCAGUCAGUUCUACCACAGAGCCUACCUUUCCUGGUUCCCUUUCUUUCAUCUCUGCUGCAGAUGCACAAAGCUCAUCGCCAUCUCCUCUGAGCUGCAGCCCAGCGUCUCAGGCUGGAUCAAUUCUUAGUCAUGGUGCAGAAAGCCCCAUUGAUACCCCAGUAGAGGAUGACACCAGGUUUCCCUCAUUUGCUCAGAUGCUAAGAGUUGGGAAAGCAAAGGCGGAAUCAUGGCCCAAGGCUGCAGUACAGAAAGAAAAUCCUGUUCUGUUCAUGGCGCCUGCGGACAGUGAUGGGGAGAGUGACUGCUCUGAGAGAGUCCCAGUACCAAGCUUCCAGAACUCCUUUAGUGAAGCCAUGGAGAUGGCCUUUCUGAAGCUGGAUACUGCGCUUCCUACUCCUCCUCCUCCUCCGUCAGGUGAAAAAGGUGGAAAGAGGAAGAAAAAGCAGCAGAAACUUCUGUUUAGUACCUCUAUGGUUCACACAAAAUGAGCAGAGGUGUCUAAUCACACCUCUGCAUCUUCUGCACACAUUGCUUAAUAUCACUAUCUGCAGUAUUUAUGGUUGAAGAUUAUUUUCAUAUCUCUCCCCUUCCCUUCCUGUUUUUUUUUUUUUUUUUUUUUUUUUGCCAGUGGUGGAACUGGUCUUGGUGAAGUAUAAUUUCAGGCUCCUGGAUUAUUGGGCAGAAUGUUGUACAUGGAGCAGUGUAUGACACUGGAGUAGCGUUUGCUAAAGUGCAGGCAUUGUAAUGCUCAGCUGCAGUGUAGCUUAUCCUGGAUGAUGGGUUUCUUGCCAUUGUGAAACCAUCUGAGCUCCUUAUCUGCCAUCAAGGUGAAAAAAAGCCAUUGGCCUAUGUAUUAAUCUGAGGUUCAUUUAGAGUGAGCUCUUUCUGAAGCUGGGCGCCAUUGCUCUGGAUUACGCUUUCAUGUAAAAGGAAUAUUUUUCUUUCUCAAACUGUAGAUUAACAAUAAAUGACUUAUAAAUAAA